GUGACAAGGCACAGAGUCUAAUUCUUUGGAAAAUACAGACAUGAAAAUCACUUUUUAUUCAGUAAAACGUUGUUAGACGUUGCGCUGUUGCAUAGUAAUAUCAGAAAAGUCUAAAGCGCAAACGAAUCUCUGUUUUAGAGACCAACGUCUAAAUCUGCUGUACAGAUCUGUUACAAGUCUUGGAGGACCUUCUAGGCGUUCCCUGUGUAGCGUGGACAGCAUACCCUCUUGUCGGCUGAUAAUUCUCGUUGACACUUCGUCGGAGAAAAUGGCGGCUGGAGUGAGACAGGAGCUUGCACAACUUAUGAAUUCAAGCGGAUCUCACAAAGAUCUCGCUGGAAAAUAUCGACAGAUUCUGGAGAAGGCCAUCCAAUUCACAGAUGCAGAACAAUUGGAAUCAUUAAAAGCAUUCGUUGAAGCAAUGGUCAAUGAGAAUGUCAGCUUAGUGAUCUCUAGACAGCUGCUGACAGACUUCUGCACAAACAUACCCAGUCUUCCUGAUAGCACAGCCAAGUCAGUUUACCACUUCACACUAGAGAAGAUACAGCCCAGGGUCAUCUCAUUUGAAGAACAGGUGGCCUCCAUCAGACAGCACUUAUCCACCAUCUAUGAGAAGGAGGAGGACUGGAGAAACGCUGCUCAGGUUCUAGUGGGCAUUCCUCUGGAGACAGGACAGAAGCAGUACAACGUAGACUAUAAGUUGGACACGUACCUGAAGAUCGCCCGUCUAUACCUGGAGGAUGAUGACCCUGUUCAGGCCGAGGCCUACAUCAACAGAGCCUCUCUGCUGCAGAACGAGUCCACCAACGAACAGCUACAGGUCCACUACAAAGUGUGCUACGCUAGAGUGUUGGACUACAGGAGGAAGUUUAUCGAGGCUGCACAGCGGUACAACGAGCUCUCUUACAAGUCCAUCGUCCACGAGACAGAGCGUCUAGAGGCCCUGAAGCACGCUCUUCAUUGCACCAUCCUGGCAUCAGCAGGCCAGCAGCGCUCCCGUAUGUUAGCCACCCUGUUUAAAGACGAGCGCUGUCAGCAGCUGGCGGCCUACGGCAUCCUAGAGAAGAUGUACCUGGACCGCAUUAUCAGGGGGAACCAGCUGCAGGAGUUUGCUGCCAUGCUUAUGCCCCACCAGAAAGCCACCACUGGGGAUGGCUCCAGCAUAUUGGACAGAGCUGUUAUUGAACACAACCUGCUGUCUGCUAGCAAACUUUACAACAACAUCACGUUUGAAGAGCUAGGGGCGCUUCUGGAGAUCCCUCCCGCUAAGGCUGAGAAGAUCGCCUCCCAGAUGAUAACAGAGGGACGCAUGAACGGCUUUAUUGACCAGAUAGAUGGAAUCGUCCACUUUGAGACACGGGAGCCCCUGCCCACCUGGGACAAGCAGAUCCAGUCUCUAUGUUUUCAGGUGAACAACCUGCUGGAAAAGAUCACUGCUGCUGCUCCUGAGUGGACAGCCCAGGCCAUGGAGGCUCAGAUGACCCAGUAGACUGACUUACAACCCCUGGCCUGGAACACUCCACAUGACCACCCACACCAGGCACACCCCCUGGCCUGGAACACUCCACAUGACCACCCAUACCAGGCACACCCCUUGGCCUGGGAAGUCUCACAUGAUCACCCACACCAGGCACACCCACUGGCCUGGGACAUCUCACAUGAUCACCCACACCAGGCACACCCCCUGGCCUGGGACAUCUCACAUGACCAGGCACACCCCCUAGCCUAGGACAUCUCACAUGACCACCCACACCAGGCACACACACUAGCCUGGGACAUCUCACAUCACCCCACACACCAGGGCACACCUGGCCUGGAAUACCCCACACACCAGGGCACAUCUCACAUGGCACCCUACUCCCUAUUCACUAUGGAGGGUGCGAUUUUGGCUGGGUGGCUGGGCUAAGUGCAAAGUUUUGUAAGAUCGUACUGUACUGAAGACUGCAAACACGAAAUUGUUCAGUUGAAACCAGCUGAAGCCAAAUUCUGUUGUAUUUUGGCAGGGGUUAAUAGAGCUUAGCCGAGUGCCCGGCCUUAGUAGUGGUAGGGGAAACACUGGCCACUCCUCCCCACAUUUUCUCUCUCUCUCUCUCUCUCUCUCUCUCUCUCUCUCUCACACUCUCACUCUCUCUCACUGUCUCACCCUGUGAGACAUGUUCCAAUCUGGUACUUCUCUAGCAUGUUUCUCAGAAGAAGGCUGCUGUAUAUUAUGCUUGGAGUUUACCAUUCAUCUUUCUAGGACUAAUAAAUGGAUACUUGAAUCCAUAGGCUCAUCAAGUUACCAGUGGUUGCAAUCUCAUAUAUACUUUGAUUUCAUGUAAUACAAACCAGAGAAUGCAAACACUGAUGUCCCACGACGAAGGUGUUAGGGAUUCUAUUUGAAAUGUGAAAGACACACAGGCCAUGCCUACCGCCACUUAAUUUGUUGCUGUAUUCUUGUACAAUGAUUUUGUUACAUUCUGUUUGGAAACAUUUUGUCAGACCUGGAGUGCAACUUCAACAAAGAGAUGAAUAAAUCAAAAAAUAAGUCA